CUGCAGCACAAUGGAAGAUGAAUUUGAACCGUGCGAUCCGACACUACAGAACGUAAUCGAUCAAAAGUCGCUCAAAUGGGUGUUUGUCGGUGGUAAGGGUGGUGUCGGCAAAACAACAUGCAGCUGCAGUCUGGCGGUCCAGCUGGCACAGCACCGCGAAUCCGUACUGAUCAUCUCGACCGAUCCGGCCCACAACAUUUCCGAUGCGUUCGAUCAGAAGUUUACCAAGGUGCCGACGAAGGUGAACGGAUUCGACAAUCUGUUCGCGAUGGAGAUCGAUCCGAACGUCGGUAUCAGUGAGCUGCCGGACGAGUAUUUUGAGGAUGAUGCGUCUCCGCUGAACGUUGGCAAGGGUAUGCUGCAGGAGGUGAUCAGUACGCUGCCCGGUAUUGAUGAGGCGAUGAGCUACGCCGAAGUUAUGAAGUUGGUGAAGGCGAUGAAUUUCUCGGUGGUUGUUUUUGAUACCGCACCUACUGGCCACACACUGCGUUUGCUAUCGUUUCCGCAAGUCGUAGAGAAGGGGCUGGGAAAGCUGCUCCGAUUGAAGAUGAAGUUUGCACCGAUCAUUUCGCAGAUGGGUUCACUUUUCGGUGUGCAGGAUUUUAACGGCGAUACCAUCGCAAACAAACUGGAAGAGAUGCUCAGUAUCAUUCAGCAAGUGAACGAACAGUUUCACAAUCCACAACAAACGACAUUCGUUUGUGUGUGCAUAGCCGAAUUUCUGUCCCUCUACGAAACCGAACGGCUCGUACAGGAGCUAACCAAGUGUGGCAUCGACACGCACAACAUCAUCGUCAAUCAGCUGAUGUUUCAGAAGAAGGGACAGCAGCCGUGCAGCAUGUGCUCGGCACGGUGCAAAGUGCAGGAAAAGUAUCUCGACCAAAUUGCCGAUCUGUACGAGGAUUUCCACGUGAUUCGAUUACCGUUGCUGGACGAGGAAGUGCGCGGAGUGGAGAAGGUUAAAAAGUUUUCCCGCAAUCUGCUGGUCCCGUACUCACCGGACACUCCAGCACCGCAGGAGUAG